AAGAGAACCUUCUCAGAAGCUGUAAUAUCCAUUUGAAGUUAUAUCAAAAGGUCGCUUACCUAUUUAUCUGUGUAUAUAAACUACGAGGCCGUCUCAUAUUGGGAUCAUAUUAAAUCAUCAUUGUAGAGUUCUUAUCACUUGUCUAUAAACCAUUCUUUCAUCACAUUAACCAAAAAAAUAUUCUUGCAUCAUUUACAAUUAUGGGAGUAACAUUAGAAGGACAAAGAAAGGAACUUUGGGUUUUGAUGAGAAGGCAAAGAGAUCGAAGGGCACUUGUGAAGAAGAUCAUGCCCCGAUCGAAGAAGAGUUUAGAAUCUCAUAGAAGACAGUGUCGUUCAAUUAACAGACGAGUGAAGACGCUGAAAGAGCUUAUUCCCAACACCAAACCAUCGGAAGGUUUGAAUGGACUCUUUAGACAGACGGCAGAUUAUAUUUUGGCUUUGGAAAUGAAAGUGAGAGUUAUGCAGACAAUGGUUCAGGUUUUGACCGAAACUGAUUGUGUCUAAAUGACCUCAAUAUAUAUAUAUAUAUAUAUAUAUUCGUGUUAUAAUAUGUUUUUCUAGUUUAUAUUUGUUCGUUUUUGUUUUUAGUAUCUUGUGGGAUUGUCUUGCAUUGUGCAGUAUAGAAAAGAAUUUGGUUUACGUUGCUGAUGUAGACUUUGCAAAAGAAAAAAAAAAACUCGCGAUAUAUAACAGAUGA